AUGCCCAAGCGCUGGGAAUGGGGUAUGCCGGCGUACCGCCAGAAGCACCGUCCGCCCCUGAGGUUCACCCUUCAGCGCAACGAAGACGGGAAAUCCCCGGAUAAACGCUUUGGGAGCCAAUGCAUGACCAUCGAUCAUGAAGAUCCGGACUCGGAGGAUCACAUGCCGAUCGCUCAUGCCGGCCCCCGUCGCACCAAAGCUGACUCGGACGAUCCUGCCGACAUUGUGGUGCCGGGUCCAGCGGCGCCGGCCCUUGAGAAACGUAUUGCGAUCCCGCCGACAUUGUGGGCGGCUCUGACGGCCACUCAAUCACAGACAUGUAUUGCGUCUGAGAUCCCGGCAGCUCCAUCCCCUCGUGCUGAGCCUGCAACUCAGGCCACUGGAGAGGCCGAGACUACCGCGGAUCCGACAUCUCCCGUCCAGGAUGUCGGCCCGAGCAUCGACGCUUCAAGCGUCGCACAAGCCGGGAUGUCCGCAGCCGGGACUGCUCCUUCAUCGGCAGCAACCGAGACACAAACGGAGCCGCCCAUCACGGAGACUCCUCUGCAGCCGACCACAACACCGCCAUCACCGCCAUCGCAGCCAUAA